AUGUCUCAUACAGCCAAUACCAUACACAACCCAAGAGAACCUGAUGCUAGCACGUCGAAUGACACAGCAUGGCCGAAGGCAUUUCUUUCCGAUUUUGGAUCGAGGAUAUGGAUCACAUAUCGAUCUAAUUUCACCCCGAUCCCACGAACAAAGACACCAGAAGCAACAUCCUCGAUGACGCUGGGCGUGCGCCUGAGAAGUCAGCUGAUGGACCAGGGGUUUACAUCGGAUACUGGGUGGGGCUGCAUGAUCCGAUCUGGACAAAGCCUGUUGGCAAAUACCUUUUCAGUUCUACUACUCGGACGAGACUGGCGUCGGGGGGAGAAAGUGGAGGAAGAGUCAAAGCUAAUAUCCAUGUUCGCCGAUCACCCGGAUGCUCCCUUUUCUAUACAUCGGUUUGUAAACCGCGGUGCAGAAUCAUGCGGGAAAUACCCCGGUGAAUGGUUUGGGCCGUCGGCAACCGCCAAAUGCAUACAGUACGUGUCACCAGAGCUUGAGUCACAGAGGGAUGCUGAUAGCGACAGGCUACUUUUAACCGAAAGCGAGACUCCCCAACUUAGGGUCUAUGUAACCAAUGACACAUCGAACGUUUAUGAAGACAAAUUUGCGCAAGUGGCUCACGACAAAUCAGGUCAAAUUCAGCCAACCCUCAUCCUGAUUGGGACCAGGUUGGGGAUCGAUAAUGUCACCCCGGCGUACUGGGAUGGACUUCGAGCUACACUGGCAUACCCCCAAUCCGUUGGCAUUGCAGGCGGACGCCCAUCGGCAUCACAUUACUUUGUAGGGGCCCAAGACUGCCAUCUUUUUUUCCUUGAUCCGCAUACCACCCGUCCCGCAACACCAUACCGACCAAAUGGGCUUUACACCCAAGAAGAACUGAAUAGCUAUUACACCUGUCGAUUGCGAAGAAUCCAUAUCAAGGACAUGGAUCCCAGCAUGCUCAUCGGAUUUCUCAUCCAGAAUGAAGAUGAUUGGGCUGACUGGAAGAACCGAAUUCAAUCUACGCCUGGACAGCGAAUUGUGCACAUCUUUCCCAGUCAGCAUCAGUCAGAUCAUGGUCAUGGUCGGGCCGAGGCUCUGGAUGAAGUUGAAGUGCUGGACGAUUCAGAGAUGGAGAUCUAA